GUAACCAGGGUUAGUCUACUGCUCCGGUCUCUCCAACCUUCGCGACGACCCCAAGUCUUCUCUUCACUGUUCGUCUACCUCCUACUUUCCUUCUCCAUUUUUCAGUCCCAACACACACAGAUUCACCAACUCGACCGACACGCUCUGAUCUAGCUUCUGCUCCUCCAUCUUUGUCGCUUGGCGUAAGUUCUUCGAUAGAGGUUCCGAGGCGCAGAGGCAGAGUAGUAAAUGGGCGAGCUUGCAUUGUUUCCGUUGUGUUACUGAGGGAGACUUUUGGUCAAGAAGCCAUAGUCGAAGCCAAAGAUUAGAAGGAAACAAAGUGACCAAAAAUGUGGAGAUCAGUGUUUGAGGUCAUUCCGGACAGGCUCAAGAAGACAUGGGAGAGGCAGAAUAUCAGGGGAGUUGUUCUUUUAAGCCUUUUACUGCAAACCAUUUUGAUUUUGGGUGCUCCGUUUAGAAAACGAACAGGAAAAAAGUGGGUCAUCCUGCUCAUCUGGUUAUCUUACUUGUUUGCCGACUGGGCUGCCAGCUUUGCUGUCGGACUCAUCUCCAACAGUCAAAACUCCAAGCCUGGUGAGAACAGUGACCAUCUUGCAUUUUGGGCACCGUUCUUGCUGUUACAUCUUGGUGGCCCGGACACCAUAACUGCUUUUGCCCUUGAGGAUAAUGAGCUCUGGCUUAGGCACUUCCUUAGCCUAGUAUUUCAGGUUGUCGCCACGGUUUAUGUCUUCCUGCAAACACUUCCCGACAACAACCUAUGGCUCGCGACUCUCCUCAUGUUCUUCGCAGGUAUCAUCAAGUAUGCUGAACGGACCCGUUCUCUGUAUCUUGCAAGCUUGGGUAGGUUCCGAGAAUCCAUGCUUAAGGAACCAGAUCCGGGGCCCAACUACGCGAAGCUCAUGGAGGAAUACUCUGCAAAGCAAGACGCCGGACUUCCUACAAAGAUAGACUUGACAGCAGAGCCUGAUAAAGAAUCAAAGGUUGCCUUUUUUACUGUGAAAGAGGACAGGCUAAAUGAUUUUGAAGUUGUGGAAUAUGCUUACCAUUUCUUCAAAAUCUUUAAGGGACUCAUUGUUGAUCUCAUCUUUAGCUUCCGUGAGCGCAAUGAGAGCCGAGCAUUUUUCCAGGCGAGAACUUCAGAAGAUGCGCUUAGAGUGAUAGAGGUUGAACUCAACUUCAUCUAUGAAGUUCUUUAUACGAAGGUGGUUGUGGUGCAUGAUGUAAAAGGAUACUUCUUCCGUUUUCUAUCCUCUACUUCAAUUUGUGUGGCCCUGGGGCUCUUUAUUUCAUUAGACAAGCCUCGCUUAAGGAAGUUUGAUAUUGGAGUUACCUACACACUGUUGAUCGGUGCCUUGUGCUUGGAGUUACUGGCUCUAUACAUGCUUAUUUUCUCGGAUUGGACUAUAGCUUCUCUCAAGAAGACCAGGAAUUUUCCAAUUGUUGGGACCAUCUUCAAAAUAUAUCUCAAAAUUAAGAGUUCAAGGUGGGCUGAAUGCAAGGAAGGUUCUGAUACUAUGUUUUCAAAGCUGGCCACACCAAUUAUACUUCGUAGGUGGUCUGAAUCCGUGUCAGGAUUCAACUUGAUAACAUAUUGCCUCAAGGAACGUCCAAAAAAGUUCCAUGAAGUCAAAGUUGAGUCCUGGUUUGGCAUUACUAAGUGGAUUGGUUAUUUGAAAAUUAUAUGGGAAUAUUGCUGGAAAAAAGUCGUUGAUCAUUUAGGUGCUAAGGAUUUUCUCGAUGAGUUGAAAUAUGUUGCGAGCAAGCCCUUCAAAAAAAAACUAUGGCAAUUUAUCUUUUCGGAGCUGCUGCAGAAAUCUAAAGAUGCAGAUGAUGCAGAAAGUACAAGGAGAAUAUGUUCAGCUAGAGGUGCUUAUGUUCUUGAAGAAUAUGGAAAGGUGGACAUAGAUAAAAAAUUAAUAGCAGAGUACAUUGAAAACGUUAAUUUUGAUGAGAGCCUUCUGCUUUGGCAUAUUGCUACUGAACUUUGCUAUGAAAAAGAAGUAAGCAAAGAUGAUCAUUCAGCAAAACAAGGAGGCAUAAUUCAUUCAGCGAGUAAAUGGAUCCCUUGGCUUUGGCACAAUGCUAAAGAAAUCUGUUGUGUGGAAAAAGUCAGCAUAGGUGUUGAUGCAGAAAAAGGAAGCAAAACUGAUGGUUCAGUGAAAACGGAUGGCAAUGCUAAUGAUUCAGCAAGAACAGCAACCAGUGCUGCUGAUGAUUUAACAACAACUGAUGAUCAUCGUGAAUUCAGCAAGCUCCUUUCAGAUUAUAUGCUAUAUCUUCUAGUGAUGCAACCUACUAUGAUGUCUGCUGUGGCAGGUAUUGGGGAAAUAAGAUUUCGUGAUACAUGUGCUGAGGCAGAAAAAUUCUUUAGCAGAAGGGGACUAAGACCAACCCAGGAAUAUAGUGCUUGUAAAAACCUCCUCGAUGUGAAUACAGAUGUUAAACCUAUUCAUGUGAAGGGUGAUAGAAGCAAAUCUGUUCUGUUUGAUGCAUGUAUGCUGUCCAAAGAGCUGCAAAAAUUGGGGGAAAAGGAGAAAUGGGUGAUAAUGAGUAAAGUUUGGGUGGAAAUGUUGUCAUAUGCAUCAAGUCAUUGCAGACCAUUCACGCAUGCUCAGCAAGUUAGUAAAGGUGGACAGCUUAUUUCCCUAGUUUGGUUACUGAUGGCUCAUUUUGGGCUUGGAGAACAGUUCCAAAUCAAUGAGGGUCAUGCUAGGGCAAAAUUGCUUGUGGGUAAGUAGUUCAAUCCAUGUUGCUUUUUCAUUUUUAUAUUUUGAGAAGUGUGUUACAGGGAUGAUGGGGUAAUGGUAUGGAUGUUUUAUGGGAGAGAAGUGUUAUAUCUAUGCAGAUAUAACAAAUCUGAACUUAUAAAUUGAUGUAGUUUGGACUCAAUAUUAGAUUUACUUUAAAAUAAAAAGUGCUU